AUGGAUUUUUCAAAAUCAUAUUAAGAAGGAGUAAAAAGUAAAGUUUAUUAAAAAGAAGCAGAUUUAUUAGAGUAAGACGACAUCGAUCAUAUAUUUUCGUAAAGUGCUUAUGCUUCUAUAGGAAACUCUUUUGUUUAAGUGAAUUCUGUUCAAAAUAGUGCAAUACAACACUAAUUUGAUGCUGAGAUUAUAUAAAACCCAAAACUAUCAUUUGAUAAAGAAUAAUUAAAUAAUUCAGAUCAAGUCUAGUAGGAAAAAAAUGACAAUAUUUAAAUAGAAGAAAAAGCAAGAGAGUCCAUUCAUUCCAACAUAAUUAAUUUACUUGAUUCAGGAGAAGAAGUUUAGAUCAAUCAAAAUAUGGAUUUGUAUUCGUUUGAAAACUAUGGCGAAAAUGAGAUAGAUAAAAAGUUUUUAGAAAACAAAAGAAUCGAAAAUGCUAAUAAAGAGAUAAUUGAAAAUAAUAUCAAUAACUUACUAGAAUAUGUUCCUGAUAAUGCUGAAGACCAGCAAAAUUCUUAGUUUUUUGAUAUUUAAGCUCAAACAACUGCGUUAUCAGCUAAAAUGCUUCUCGAAUCUUCUAUUUAAUCCAAUAAUUAGUUAUAGAUAGCCUCUAAUAACUAACCAGAAAUAUAGAAAGGUUCAUAAUAAAUUCAAUUGUAAAAACAAGGAAGUAGUAACUCUCAAAAAAACUUAAUUUCUAGCUUGCAUUAAAACAUAAUUUUUGAAGAUGAUGAAGAAUAAGAGAGCGAAAGAGACAAUAAAUCAAUGCAGCUAUACAAAGAAAGAGAUUAGAUCAUAGCUAUUGAUAAAUCGCUAAUGACUAAUAGGAUCAUUAUUGUUUGUGAGCCAGAGCUUAUUACUGAAGGGUAUAUAACUACUUAUAAAUUGUACAGAGUCAAAAGUAAAAUUCAGUAGUAUUCAGGGUUUGAUUCAGAAGUUUUGAGGAGGUUUAGCGAUUUUGAAUGGCUAUAUAACGAGCUUGUGAAUAAAUACGGAGGAUAUCUUAUUCCUUUAUUACCAGAAAAAAAUAUUUUAACUAAAUUCAAUAUUGAGACAGCAGACUUCACUAAAGAUAGGCAAAAGAAUUUAGAAUUUUUCCUAUAAAAACUUCUUGACCAUUAAAAACUUCAAACAGUUCCAGAACUUAAGUUAUUUUUGUUUGCUAAGAACGAAGUUUUUUCGUUAGUGAAAGGAGAAGCAGAAUCAUAAAAGACAAUCGAAUAAAAAUACCAAAAUGUUAUAGGCUCAGUUAAAAAUUACUUUUAACAAAGUAUAGUGCCUUUUUUUGGAUAUUCUCAAGAAAAAGGUUAGGAGAUAGUGAGAGAGUAAACAGAAUUAGAUAAAGAUCUAAAUAAUUAUGAAGCAUAUAUUCAAAAUUUGGCAUAAAAAAUGCACAAUUUUUUGAAAGUUUACGAAUGCCAUUUUAGUGUAAUGGAUGAAGAGCUUAAGUACUUAAAUGAACUUAAUACUCAUUAUUCUAAAUAUAUAGAAUCCACUUAAAAAGAAAUUAAAAUAUCAAAUAGACAUUAACAACUAAAUUUAUAAAGUGAAGCAUACAAUUAAUAGGAAAAAAGUAAUUUGAUAAACUAAAAACUUAUCAAUUUAAAAGAAGACUACAUUUUCAAAUGGAGGAAUUAGUUUCAGCCUUAGUUAGAAGUUUGGUAUAAAAAUUGCAUUGCAGCUUAGGAAGCAUUAAAUAGAAGAAAAGAAAUUAUAAUUACUAUAGUCAACCAUAGUAAAAGAAUUUAAGAAUUAAAUCUCUAAAAUAAAAAGAAUAACAAUCAAAGAGACACAGAGAUGGACAUUUUAUAUAAUAAUCUUGUAAAAAAUUAACAGAAGCUAGAAAAUAUAAACAAGAUUCUAGUCACAGAGAUCAAAGAAUACGAUGAAAACUAGCAAUAAUAAUUUGAGCAAAUGAUUAAUUUAUUUAUUGAAAUAGAGAAAGAUUUUCAUUAUAAGUAAAAUGAAAUCUAUCAUGGAAGAGAGCCUAAUAUAAUUUGA